AUGCUCCAUCUAGGGAAUGCGCUCGCCAGGAAUACCAUCAGACUGGAGGUCGUACAACGAUCAAUCACCAUAUCGAGAACGGCACCAAAGCGUGUGGAUUGGUUAAAUUUCCGAGCCGCAGCCCCAUCGGCGGCAUCGAGGAGACAAGAUGUGGUGUAG